AUGGGGGCGGAGCGUAGGUCGUGGGGAGGGCGGGGAGUUGGAGCUGCUCCCCCCGACUCCUCCCGGGCUUUUGCUCUCCGCCCCGUGGGGAGUGGGGGUGGGGGCUGAGUGGGAAGGGGCGUGUGCUAGCGCACGCGCGCUCCCUGAAAAGAGAGGUGUGAGCAAGAACAAGCGGCCCCAGUUUUUCCGCAAGAAUUAUCUGGGGUGUUUGUUACCAGCUGGAGUCGGACCCGUGCAGUCAAGGGCGAGGGCACCAUGGCCGCUCUAUUCCUGCUGCCCCUUCUGUUACUGCCGCUGCUCCUGCUGAAGCCGCACCUCUGGCCCCAGUUGCGCUGGCUGGCGGCAGAUUUGGCCUUCGCCGUGCGCGCCCUCCGCUGCAAACGGGCUCUCCGAGCUCGCGCCCUGGCCGCGGCUGCCGCCGACCCUAAAAGUCCAGACGGCGGCUGCAGCCUGGCUUGGCGUCUCGCGCAGCUCGCCCGGGAACGCCCCGCGCACACCUUUCUCAUACACGGCGCGCGGCGCUUUAGCUACGCAGAGGCGGAGCGCAAUAGUAACAGGGCAGCGCGCUCCUUCCUGCGCGCGCGGGGCUGGGACGGGGGAGCCUGCGGCGGUGGUAGUGCAGAAAGCGCCGGGGAAGGCAGGCGGACGGCGCAGGGAGCGGGAGAUGCGGCCGGAAACGGAGUGGCGUUUUCUGGGUGCGAAGGGGAUGGGACAUCCAAAGUUGGAAGCGCCGCGGCCCCUCUGGGGCCCGGAGCUACGGUGGCGCUGCUCCUCCCCGCCAGCCCAGAGUUCCUGUGGCUUUGGUUCGGUCUAGCCAAGGCCGGUCUGCGCACCGCCUUUGUGCCCACCGCCCUACGCCGGGGCCCCCUGCUGCACUGCCUCCGCAGCUGCAGCGCGCGCGCGCUGGUGCUGGCGCCAGAAUUCUUGGAGUCCCUGGAGCCUGACCUGCCAGCCCUCAGAGCCAUGGGGCUUCACCUGUGGGCCUCAGGCCCCAUAACCACACCUGCUGGAAUCAGCGAUUUGCUGGCUGCGGCCUCGGCCGAAGUGGAUGAGCCAGUGCCCGGGUACCUCUCAGCUCCGCAGAACAUAAUGGACACAUGCCUGUACAUCUUCACCUCAGGCACCACAGGCCUCCCCAAGGCUGCUCGUAUCAGCCAUCUGAAGAUCCUGCAGUGCCAAGGCUUCUACCAGCUGUGCGGGGUGCACCAGGAGGACGUGAUCUACCUGGCCCUUCCGCUCUACCAUAUGUCUGGCUCCUUGUUGGGCAUUGUGGGCUGCCUGGGCAUCGGAGCAACAGUGGUGCUGAAGUCCAAGUUCUCAGCCGGUCAGUUCUGGGAGGACUGCCAGCAACACGGGGUAACCGUGUUCCAGUACAUCGGGGAGCUGUGCCGAUAUCUUGUCAACCAACCCCUGAAUGAGGCCGAGCGUGACCAUAAAGUCCGGCUGGCCGUGGGCAGUGGGCUUCGCCCAGACACGUGGGAACGAUUUGUGCGGCGCUUUGGGCCCCUACAAGUGCUGGAGACGUAUGGGAUGACAGAAGGGAAUGUGGCCACUUUCAACUACACGGGACAGCAGGGCAUGGUAGGACGCGCCUCCUGGCUUUAUAAGCGCGUCUUCCCCUUCUCUCUGAUUCGCUAUGAUGUCACCACAGGGGAGCCGGUUCGGGACGCCCAGGGGCACUGUGUGACCACAUCUCCUGGGGAGCCUGGGCUGCUGGUGGCCCCAGUGAGCCCACAGUCCCCAUUCCUGGGCUACGCCGGGGGCCCAGAGCUGGCUCGGGGAAAGCUGCUGGAGAAUGUCUUCCGGCCCGGAGAUGUCUUCUUCAACACUGGGGACCUGCUGGUCUGUGAUGACCAAGGCUUCCUUCGCUUCCAUGACCGCACAGGAGACACCUUCAGAUGGAAGGGGGAAAAUGUGGCAACAACUGAGGUGGCUGAGGUCUUAGAGGCCCUCGAUUUCCUUCAGGAAGUCAAUGUCUAUGGAGUCGCUGUGCCAGGACAUGAAGGAAGGGCUGGAAUGGCAGCCCUGGUCUUGCGUCCCCCACACUCUUUGGACCUCAUGCAGCUCUACACCCAUGUGGCGGAGAACUUGCCCCCUUAUGCCCGACCUCGCUUCCUGAGGCUACAGGAGUCUUUGGCCACCACUGAGACCUUCAAACAGCAGAAGGUCCGGAUGGCGAAUGAGGGCUUUGACCCCAGCUCUCUGCCCGACCCACUGUAUGUCCUGGACCAGGCCUUGGGCGCCUACCUGCCCCUCACUCCUACACGGCACAGUGCCCUGCUGGCGGGGGACCUCCGCAUAUGA